UAGCGCCCCCAUUUUCUUUAGCUUUAAAUUUAUGCCCAUAGUUCUAUAAAUUGCUCCAAAAGCUUUAAUUGAAGAGAUGCAGUUUAGAGAAAAUAAUAAUUGUAACAAAAAUAAUUUCAGUGUACAUACAGUGUAUCAAUAUGGAAAAUAUCAUAAAAAUUGUUUACUAUCAGAAAAAUACAUCCCACUCGGAAUGUUUUCAGUGCGAAAGUGCAAGGAUUAAUGGCUGCAAUCAAUAGAUGACAAAUUGAUCUGCUUUUGCUGGGCUAACCAAAGCGCAGCUAUAGCUCUCGAAGGGUUUCUGGAAACUUGGAUCUCGAGGAUGUUCAAAUGACUGCAGAAGCAUAGCGCAAAGGUCAAGGCAAGAUCACCAGAGAAAAACAAAGCGGUGCACAAUGUUUAGUGCAACUCAGAGUUCCAAGUCAGAGUUCCUGGACAAAGCCAGGCAGGCGCGUGAAGAGAGGAAGGGGUACAAAGAGAGGGAGAGAGCAGCCACUCUUAUCCAAGCGCUGGUCAGGAGAUUCCUCUGUCGCUGCAGACUCCAGAAGCAAAUAAGGAAAGAGGUUGAUGACUUCUUUCAAGAUGUCGGGACAACAAAAAGAAACGCACUAUCCAUUUUUAAAAUUGCACGGAAGUUGUUAUUCAUUUAUUGUCAAGAUGAUAAACUGAGAUUUGAGAAGCUUUGUCGCUCCAUUCUUGGUAGCAUGGAGGUUGAAAAUGAGCCCAAAGUUUGGUAUGUGUCAUUGGCCCUUUCCAAAGACCUCACCAUCCCAUGGAUCAAGCAGAUCAAAGAUGUUCUGUGGGUCUCCUGUCAUUUCCUGAAAAAAUUAAAGCCUGACAUCCUUCAGGACAAUAAGCUGGUGACUUUGCACCUUACCAUGCUGGUGACCUUCACAGACACAUCAACCUGGAAGAUAGUUAGAGGGAAAGGAGAGGCCCUCAGGCCAGUGUUGACCCGGAUCUGUGAGAACAUCAUGGGGCAUCUCAAUCAAAAGGGAUUUUAUUCAAUACUGCAGAUUCUACUCACCAACGGAUUGGCGCGCUCCAGGCCCUCUCUUACCAAGGGCACACUCACAGCAAUAUUCACAUUGGCAUUAAGACCUGUCAUUGCUGCUCACUUCUCUGACAACCUGCUGAGGUCUCUUCUCAUCCACAUCAUGUCUGUCCCAGCUGUGGUCUCCCACAUCAACACCAUCACCCCAGAGUGCAUGGCCACCAUACAGACCCACGACCUGCUGAGGAAGUUCACCCUGUUCCUGAGCCGCGAGGAGCAGUGUGUCGACAUCUGUGUCUGCCUGGAGGGGAGCCACACACUGUGCUUACUGGGUAACCUGAUUCACCUGGGCUACCUCAAUGAGAAAGUCCUGGAGGAGGAGGCCAACCACUUUGUGAAGGACCUGACGGACAUGCUGUCCUACUGCCAGAGAUACGUGUCCCAGAAGAAAUCCAACCUCACUCACUGGCACCCGGUCCUAGGCUGGUUUUCCCAAACUGUAGACUACGGUCUGAAUGAGUCCAUGCCACUGGUCACCAAGCAGCUGCAGUACCUGUGGGGCAUGCCUGUGAUCCGGACUCUCUUCAGUGACGUCCUCAGCAAAAAGCUUGAGACCCAAGAGGCCACGCCUCCACCACAGUCACAGCCUACCACGUCACAGAACAACCUGCCAGUCAAGAGCCUCUUUAAGCGGGCGUUUCAGAAGUCUGCUUCGGUGCGCAACAUCUUGAAGCCGGUCGGCGGGAGACGAGUGGACUCCGCUGAGGUGCAGAAGGUGUGCAGUAUCUGUGUACUGUACCAGACAGCCCUCACCACGCUCACUCAGAUACGACUGCAAAUCCUCACUGGCCUAACCUACCUGGACGACCUCCUGCCUAAGCUGUGGGCCUUCAUCUGCGAGCUAGGCCCCCAGGGAGGCCUCAAGCUGUUCAUGGAGUGCCUGAACAACGACACAGAGGAGUCUAAGCAGCUGCUGGCCAUGCUCAUGCUGUUCUGUGACUGCUCCAGACACCUCAUCACGAUCCUGGAUGACAUUGAGGUUUACGAGGAGCAGAUAUCGUUUAAGACAGAGGAGCUUGUCACCAUCUCCUCGUUUCUCAACACGUUUGUGUACAAGAUGGUCUGGGACGGCAUCUUAGAGAAUGCCAAGGGGGAGAAGCUGGACCUGUUCCACAGUGUUCACGGCUGGCUGAUGGUGCUCUACGAGCGGGACUGCAGGAGGAGGUUCUCCCCUGAUGACAACUGGCUGCGCAAGGAUCUGAAGCCAAGCCUUUUGUUCCAAGAACUGGAGAAGGGUAAGAGGAGAGCUCAGCUGUUACUUCAGUACAUCCCACACGUCAUUCCCCACAAAAACAGGGUUCUGCUGUUCCGGAACAUUAUCACCAAGGAGAAGGAAACCUUGGGAUUGGUGGAGACAAGCUCCGCCUCUCCGCAUGUCACCCAUAUCACCAUUCGCCGCUCACGGAUGUUAGAGGAUGGUUAUGACCAGCUCCGCCGGUUGCCUGUCAACUCCAUCAAAGGCGUGAUCCGUGUGAAGUUUGUCAACGACCUUGGUGUGGACGAGGCCGGCAUCGACCAAGACGGCGUCUUCAAGGAGUUCCUGGAAGAGAUCAUCAAGAAAGUUUUCAACCCGGCACUCAACCUCUUUAAGACCACCAGUGGCAACGAGAGGCUGUACCCCUCUCCUACGUCCUACAUCCACGAGAACCACCUGCAGCUUUUUGAGUUUGUGGGGAAGAUGCUUGGCAAAGCAAUGUAUGAGGGCAUCGUGGUGGACGUACCCUUCGCCUCCUUCUUCCUCAGCCAGGUCAUGGGUCACCACCACAGCACCUUCUACAGCUCCAUCGACGAGCUGCCCUCCCUGGACUCUGAGUUCUACAAGAACCUCACCUCCAUCAAGCGCUACGACGGGGAUGUUGGUGAUUUGGGACUGACGCUAUCGUAUGACGAGGAUGUUAUGGGACAGCUGGUCUGUCACGAGCUGAUUCCUGGAGGAAAGACGAUGCCAGUCACAAACGAAAACAAGAUCAGCUACAUCCAUCUGAUGGCGCACUUCCGCAUGCACACGCAGAUCAAGGAGCAGACAGCAGCUUUCAUCCGAGGAUACCGCAGCAUCAUCAACCCCGAGUGGCUGCACAUGUUCUCCACCCCCGAGGUCCAGCGCCUCGUCUCUGGGGACAACGCCGAGAUUGACCUGGACGACCUCAAGAAACACACAGUUUACUAUGGAGGUUUCCACAGCAGCCAUCGGGUCAUCAUCUGGCUGUGGGACAUCCUGUCCAGUGACUUCUCCGCUGAGGAAAGGGCCAUGUUCCUCAAGUUUGUCACCAGCUGUUCAAGACCCCCCCUCCUAGGUUUUGCCUACCUCAAGCCCCCUUUCUCCAUCCGCUGUGUGGAGGUGUCUGACGAUCAGGACACUGGCGACACCCUAGGCAGCGUCCUCCGGGGUUUCUUCACCAUCCGGAAGAAGGAACCAGGCGGUCGCCUCCCCACCUCGUCCACCUGCUUCAACCUGCUCAAGCUGCCUAACUACAGCAAGAAGAGCAUCCUGCGUGACAAGCUCCGCUACGCCACCAGUAUGAACACAGGUUUUGAGCUCUCCUAAAAUAAACUCCCCCCUGCUUGUGGCCUGCUGCCUGCAAAACUAAAGGGAGAACGACUAAAGAGCGUCCUCCUUACCCAGGCUAGAGGUGGGAGUCAGUCAAGUCAGUGGCGCUUCACCAAAGCGGAAGGCAAAACACACAAGAUACCCCCCUUUCCUUUAUCCCAGCCUAGGAAACCAGAAGAGCUCCACCCUCUUUUACCCCAAUCAGACUGGAUUCUGGAAACUCCACCCACCUCAAGGGCUCUCAAGCCCAUUUGCUGCCUGUGUAACCAGGGUAACCUAUUUUCUGACAAGUUGUAGUCAUUGCCUAUGUUAGAUUGUUUUCUUCAAAUAGACAAGUAGCUAAAGAAACAAGUGCUGUGGGAGCAACACAUUUGGAACGGUCACUUUCUACUCUCUCAACUUUAACGCUCCUGAAAACCAACCCCAUGCUAAUAAUCGUAACAAGGAGGAGAAGAAUGUGUUACCUAACACAUUGGCAAACUAAAAUGGCUCCAUGUUUUACUAUUUCUUCUCAGGCUUAAUAGAACGAUACUUGGAUCUAGCACUCCCACGUCAAAUUAACUGGAAAGCAAUAUAGAUGCAAUGCAAGCCAUUAGACACGCAAUAGACUCCUCACUGGAGCAAAACCAUAGAACAAAGUUUCCUAUCUAUUGGAAUACAAUGUUAUCCAUGCAACUUUCAACUGUCAUUCGAUGAGUCUUAAUAGCCUUGUUGAACAUGACGAAAGCACCUUUUUAUAAAGAGACGACAAAUCACUGCCUCAUGUUCAACAACAAGUUCUGACCAUGGAGAGGUGGUCGCCUGUUGACGCCUGUGUCAUAUAUUUAUAUUGGCUCUCAUGGAUUAAUUAAGGAAUUAAAUCCUGACGAUCUGUCUCUUUCUCUCCCCAUAUACACACACUACAGUCAGUCACCUGACAAAAGCAUUGGACCCUGUAUCUCUGUUCUCUAAUGUAUUGAAAUUAGAACUCAUGUUACACAGCAAUGCAUUUGUAACCCAAAGUGAUGCCUGUCUGUCAUGUAAAAAAUGAACACGACACUGUCAAUACUUUCGCUGAUCAUGCGGUUGUUUGAUACAGACAAACGAUAUCCCGUUAUCUUCUGUCGUGGUUCCGGAGUCUCUUUUUUUGGUUGCUUUUGAUAAUGAAUCAGUGGCUCUUGAAUGUGUUAUAUGAUUUGCUGUGAAAUAUCUGGGUCCUAUAACUACAGCAGACAACUUUUACAAUUGUUGUUUUUUCCGCAUUGCAUGUUGCUGAAUGUGAUCUUCCCAAACAAAUCUGUUACAGUGAAGUCAAUGAUGAAAAUGAUUUCACAGAAGAAUUCUCACUACACCUCUGAAAAAUGCUGAGUGCCUCGUGUGUCCCCAGCUCAUAUGUCUAAGUGUGGUGUUUGAAAGUGUUUGUGAAUGACCAUGUCUCUUCGAAAUGGAAUCAAGCCAUAAACACAUAGGACAAGGUAUUUAUAAGGACUUGAGCCUGCUUAGAGACAAUUCAAUUCCAACGCUCUCUCUACUGUGUCCACCACUAAACAAACCAACCAACCAAACCAGGAAAUGUUGGUGUCAUUUGUCACUGACUGUGCAUGCCAACCCUUGUGUCUGUGGACCUUACAUCCACAUGGAAAGGGGUUACACAGGGAGCAAACCAUACUACAACAUGAUGUCAUGGGUUGGUUGAUCACCUGAAUCUGAAAGCAUUGCUUUUGUAUCUAUCUACCCUCCUUCAGACCCCCUAUUUUCUUAACCACUCUCUUGCACAGAAAACCCUGCUCUUUUUGUGUGAAAAAACAUUACAAAAAACGUUGAAAUUAAGGAUAAGAAGGAAUUAUACCAUGCAAAAUGUUGCAUUAACAGGGUCAAAUAAAAAUAGACUAUAUGGGGCAGUUGUUAGUGACAAGGUGGUGGGAGACAAGGCAGUUUAGGGUCUUGAUUUGAAUUAAGUGAAAUAUAAAUAGCCUGUUUGUUGAUUCUGUAUUUUAUGCAGAACUGUUUCAUGAGUGGCGUACGUGUGUGAACUGCGUGGUUGUGGUCAACCAUAGAUACGGCUCUGGUUGUUGUCAUCUUUGGUUGAAGGCAUAAAACACCUCACGCCAUUAAUCAUUAAUUACUAGUUAACAGAAAAACACCUUUCUGAUGAUGAUAUGGGGAUUUUAUGGGCCACUAAACAAGGUUCUAUAUGGUUUUAUAUUGCUUCGCUACUUAAAUCUACCAAUGAACUGAAAUCUGUGAUCUAUUUGUCUGUGUAUAGUAAUAUUAAGGGGUACAAUCUACAGGUAUUUCCCCCCAGUUAUGAAUGCCAUCAAUUUCAUUGACAAAUUGAAAUAACAACUAUUAGUGAUUACAGUAUAUGGAAAGAUCUUACCUCAAUUUUCAGUCGGUUGUGACUGUGAUAUUUCAUUCCCAAGGGCCUCUGACUGUGGCCUCUCUGACUAAUCAGUGGUCAAUGACCUCAGUGGUGUCUGACUAAAUGUUACCCAUCAAUUCUUUCAAUCAAUUGUUUCAACAGCCUGAUGCAGAUUAGAAAUGAGGUUUGGAAAUGGAGCUGCAGUGAGAGACAGAAAUGUUCAGUGUCCAAGAGAGAAUGGAAGAUCCCUGUUGUGUUUGAUGAGGUCGCUCCUCACUUUUAAAUGAUGUCAUGAGAUCUUGCUAUCUUUUUUAGAAGAAAAAAAAAUCCAGGAAAUGUGCAACAUACUCCUAUGAAAGUACUGUUGCCUCCCUCCUUUUUAAAAGUGUCUUUGAAACUGGUUGCACUAUGUGAAAUACAGGUUGUUGAAAAGGUUAUUUCAAUGUAAAACAUGUCUAUGUGUAAGAUAUUUCUGUUCAUGUUAACCAUAUUUAUUCUAAAAACUUUACUUAACAACUAAAAUGAGUGUGUCUUAUUUCUUCAGGAAUCAAGCCAUUAUUUUCUACGGGAGAAGUUCUGUAUAGUGCAGAGGUAUUUAUAUAUUAAAUAAUGAAAUAGCAGCUGUGUAGAACAGGUUAU